AUGGAGCGAGCAAGAAGCAUUCCAAACCUCACGCCCGUGGGAAGGGAGGCCGAGGUCGACCUUGUGCCCGGCACCGAAGUCAUGACGGAGAUUGGGGGAGCGAGGUUUUACCACAAUGAAGACAAUCCAGAUUCGGUCGUCUUGAUUCCGCAACCGACCGACGAUCCACAUGACCCACUGAACUGGAGCAUGUUCUGGAAAACCUUGGUCAUUGUGAACCAAGGUAUCUUCGUGAUCGCAAGCGUUAUUCCGGCUCUGUCUAUAGCACCUUUAACUCCAGUUUUCAUGCAGCAAUGGGAAAAGUCAUUGACUGACGUCGCUUUGUUGACUGGGGUCACUGUGUUGCUUCUAGGAUACUGCAAUUUCUUCAUCAUCCCUAGCUGCGAGAUUUUCGGACGACGGAUAACCCUCCUUGUCUGCGCAUUGCUGAACUUUGGUGCUUGUAUUUGGCAAGCAACGGCUACAUCAUACGGCUCAUUUUUAGCCGCACGGAUCCUUGCGGGGACAGGGGCGUCUGCUAAUGAGAGCGUUAUGAACGUCGUAGUGACUGACAUAUUCUUCCUUCACGAACGCGGUAAAUAUGUCGGAUCGUACUUUUGGUGUUACUUUAUGGGUCUAUUCCUUGGCCCAAUUAUAUCAGGAGCUGUCCAGGAAAAGGUUUCCUGGAGAAUCUUCUUCUGGGCUUGUACCGGCGCCCAGGGCCUUAACAUCAUUGGACUCCUCUUUUUCUUCCCGGAAACCCGUCGUUUGCGGAAUCAAGAUCCUAUCCCAGCUUUUGUUUCGUCAACACACAUACAAUCCCCCCAACCUGGGAUUCUAGGAAGCGGCAAGCCCAGCCGAGCCCAGUUCGGUAUUUUUCAAGCAAUAGAUCGGACUGCGUGGCGAUCGGUUAUUCGGCACUUUUUCACUCCAGCAUAUAUCUUUUUCUUUCCCAUCAUUUUUUGGGCAUCCAUGUCGAUGGGGUCAGCUGCGAAUGCCCUAUUGGCAGUUAACCUUCUGCAGUCUCCUGGCCUCGCUGCGCCGCCUUAUAACUUCACACCGGCGCAGGUCGGCUACGCCAACUUUGCACUCGUGGGCGGUGGCGUGCUGGGGCUCGCCGUAGCCGGACCAUGGUCGGAUUACGUGUCACAGAAAGCAACGGCGAGGAACAAGGGCAUUCGCGAACCGGAGAUGCGGCUCUGGUCUUUAACUCCAUUCAUUGCUGCGGCUAUUGUUGGGCUAGUGGCUUUCGGUGUUGGCUUGCAGGGCAAAUGGCCUUGGCCUGCCGUCAUUAUCAUCGGGUUCGGCUUCGUGGGUGUCCAGGUUGUCGCCAUCCCUACCAUUUCCAUUACCUAUGCCAUCGAUUGCUAUAGGCCAAUUUCGGGAGAAAUCAUGGCAAUUGCCACUGUCUGCAAGAACACGUUUGGAUUUGGGAUGACGUACUUUGUGAAUGACUGGGCUAUCACCGACGGCUUUGUACCGCCAGUCAUGCUUUUGAUGGCAAUGACAGCUGGUAUCACAUUGGUUGGGAUGGUCGCGUUGAUCUUCUUCGGGAAGAGCUGCAGGCGCUUGACCCGGGAUUCAAAGGUGCAUUCAUUUUAG